UGCCAGCUGGAGGUGGCGCAGAGCAUUGAGGCGCUGCUGCAGGAGGAGCCCACCGAUCGCCUGGACACGGAGGUGCGGCACAACGCCAUGCACGCCAUCGCCGCCAUGAGCAGAGCGGGGCUGCUGCCGCAGGACGGGAAGAACGGCCUCCUGCACGCCUGCCUCUGCAGCGUCUUGCACCUCCCUGGCCUCGAGGACGGGAGAGACAUGGACACGUCUCUCUACUUGAGGGUAUGCACGGGCUGGGCUCUGGGGACACCACUGCUCCGUGUUCGGGCGCCCCAAGCCCUGUCCUCCUUGCAGACCCUGGAAGCCCUGGACAGCCUGCUGCAGGUGCUGGUGGGCAGCGCCGGCGCCUCCGGCCUCCUGGAGCUGCAGAACAUCUUGAAGCUCCUGCUGCCCUUCACCCAGCAGCAGCCGGAGGCCGUGGAGGAGAGGGCCAUGGCGCGGAUCGCCAGGCUGGCCGCCUUCCUCAACACCUGCUCCUUGCCCCAGGUCAGCUCCUGCUUUGCAGGAGCCACGGUGGUGAGGCAUCAUCACCCCGAGAAGCACCGCUUCUCCAUGCUGGGGAGGCUGGUGGGGAGCCUCCUCCUGUGCUGCACCUCCAAGAGUGAAGGAAAAAGCCACGAGGCAGCGGAGGCUGUGCGCCACCUCUACAUCUUCAUUGGGCAGCAAAGAAGUGAGAGGAGCCGCGUCGGGCUGGGUCCCUCCAGACACGGGCACGCCGGCACAGCCAGGCCAGCACCAGGCCGCCUGGGCCCCUCUCCUCAGCAGGAGAGACCCGGCCGAGCGAGCCCGGCUGCCUUUCCGCGGGCUGCCGAGCCGUUCCCCCUGCCCUGAGCGCGAGAGCCCGGGCCCUCCCUGGAAGCGCUGCCCCCGGCUCUGCUCUG